GACAUGAACCUGCAAUCGCACGAUGUUUGGUGCAUGACCGUGGAGUGGGAAGGAGAAUAUCCUCCAGAGGGCCUCACAGGGAGAUACGUAUCUGGAAUCGCGGAAUUCUUUGAUUUCAUUCAUCUCUUCUGGAGCAUCGUCAUUAUCAAGAGCAACAGCCAUGUUGGCUCUAUCAGGGCCCUUGGUUACAUAUUUGUAGAGAUACCUCACGGUCGACAUGGAUGUGCAGAUCUCUACAUUAAUGCGAGCGUCGUAUUUGGUACAAAGCCAUUUGUUAUACGGCACUACCCAUCGAUUGUCGACUGUGCGCCGAAGCUGGUCAUACGUUGGGCCCUGUCUUCGACGAUAAUGAGGCUAGCCCUUCUCAUUCUUAGUCGUUUCGUUCGAGAACGCGUGGGGAUAGCCCUUGUUGCACGUCGAAGGUCGCUCCUCGAGAGGGCUCCUCGCAGUCUCCCGCAAGCAGCGGGAUUGGCACGGGCCAUGGAUCAUCGAUGUUACCACAGUUCCAUGGAGCAAUGGCUCGGUGACGGAAUCCGGCAGUCCAGCAGAGACAAUGCUGUCGUAGUCAUCCGUGGUCUGGGGCUUGUAUUGGUCUUCCAAGAUCAACAGUAUAUGUGCGUGUGGCAAACCACGCUUCUGGAACUCGACCACUGCGGUGUAGGGGGUCUACUAACGGGUUCUAUAACUUCUACCAUUAGUUCUAUUUACAACGGGAGUUACCACGCGAAUAGGACUUCGGCAAGGCUAUGCUUGGGUC